UUCCACAGUAUUGUUCUUCAGCUCGCUCCGUUUAGUUCGGUUUGGUGGUGUUAUCUCGUUGGUCGUCGUGCACGGCAGGCACUAAACAGCAAAAGUAGUAGCAGCCAUUUUCCAAAGUGUGCGUGUUUACAAGGAAAAAAAAUUGUGAAUUUCAAGCAUAUUUGACCCGGAACAGGCGUUAUAGCAAAAAUAAAUAGUUAGAAAAAUGGCUGGAGGAAAAGCUGGUAAAGAUUCUGGAAAAGCGAAAGCAAAAGCUGUUUCCCGCUCAGCGCGUGCCGGACUGCAGUUCCCGGUCGGAAGAAUCCAUCGGCAUCUGAAGAACCGCACCACAAGCCACGGACGCGUUGGAGCCACGGCUGCCGUUUAUUCCGCUGCUAUUCUGGAGUACCUGACAGCUGAGGUUUUGGAGUUGGCCGGUAAUGCAUCCAAGGAUCUGAAGGUCAAACGUAUCACCCCGCGCCACUUGCAGCUGGCCAUCCGCGGAGACGAGGAGUUGGACAGUUUGAUCAAGGCGACCAUCGCGGGCGGUGGUGUUAUUCCACACAUCCACAAAUCGCUGAUCGGCAAGAAGGGCGGUCCCGAAUAACCUCCUUAAACCUAGCAGGGUUUCUGAUUGACCAAACACGACGGCGGAGCCGUAAAUUGCAUAGAAGAUCACGCAUCAAUACACAUAUUCAACCAGAUACACACAAAAGCAAACACGAACACACGUACACUUACACACACACAAGCGCUCCCCCUUUGUGCAAAGAAAGAAAGAACACAUCAUUUUCACAGCUGUUUGACUCAACAACAGAAACCAUUUCCCCCCCAACAGAUGUAGUUGUGGAAUGACUUGACCAGGAUAUUGCCCGCGCAAACAGGAAAAAGGCAAAGAGGUAGAGAGCAAGAACGAUCUUUAUUCUUAGUAGGGUACAAUGUUGUAUUGAUAACUGACGGACAAGACAUUCUUGUUUGUUCAUAUGUUUUAGUAAUAUCAAUGUUUAAACCAAUUGACAGCGUAUUUGUAGCAUUUUUUUCUUACGCUAGAAAAAAAAACCAGCCUAUCGUCAUAUACUUCUUUCUGUAUUUAAAUACUGUCGUACGCAGACGUUCAAUUUAACAAUCUUGUUUUCUCGAAUCCUUUACCUGAAACACGCAGCACACGUUAUGUUCACGCUGAUGGGGGCGAUGAGAAAUGUGGAAGGACAGCACUUUCAAAAUACAAUUUAAUUUUUAACGCAAAUUGAGAGAGAAAACUAAAAUGAGAGAAAAAUCUAAAACCUAGAGAGUACAUAAGUUAAGUGCGUUUUUCUUAUUAUAUUUUCGAUGAAAAGUAAUAAAAUUUUACUACUAUUAAGAAAGCAAUAA